UGUAGAGCUGGUAAAAAGGGGAAAUGCUGAACUGGGAGGGUGAGUCGUGGUGGGGGUGGGAGGAAGACUCACGCCGCCAGCUGCCCCCCUGCGACUGUCACAUCCCACCGCCCGCCGGCGGAAGCAGAGGGAAGCCGCUCGUCAUCGCCGUGACAACCAGCGCGUGACAAGACGGAGGCAGGAAACGUAUCCAUCAAAACGUGAUGCGGGGAUGAGUGCGCUCCUUUGUCUUGCUGCUGCACACGGAGCCUCCAUAUUUCAUCUGGGUCAUCGGGAACAAACGUCUCCGUGAGGAAAUCUCAUGCCUGAAUGUCACACUCAACAACACAAUAAUGUGCUUUGCUUGUAAUGAAGUGACUGUGACCCCCCCCCCCAGAAAGGCACAAGGGGACGGGGAGCAGCAGCUCAAGGUAGAACUGAGGAACAUCCCGGAGCCAGAAGCCGUCACGCUGACGCUGGAGGCAACAAGGAACCGCGGCUUCUGAAACAUUAACGCGUGCAGACGACGUUCAUCCGAGCCUGUGUUUGCUUCGUGGCGCGUUCAAAUCCACCGACUGUUUCCGCUGUAAACCAGAAACCUGGCUGAUGGAUUUCUCAUUAGCCGUGGAGCUAAUGGGAACGUGACCUAUAGCCGCGCGUAUCAAGCAGCUACAUUAAGCAGCUGAAAUUGCAGACUGAUGUUUGGGGAUUAGAGGAGGAAACUGGGCUCUGGCAGCUGAGACUCAGGCCGUGGGGGAUGAGCGCCACCCUGUGGCCGAUGCGUGAACUGCUCACCGCCGAGUAACAAUGAUGGGCUCUCUCUUUCCAGGUGCAGCUUUUAUUAAGGGAAUAAAAACACAGAACCUGUGUGUGUUUAGGUGAUACUAACACACCACCUCCACGCUAUUCAUCAUCUGGUCACAGAUGUGCUGCGUUGCCCCCUAGAGAUCAGUGGGGUCAAUAUUCAUAAAGGGGGUUAAAUGAUAUGAUAUGGAAUAUACAUUUGUGCAAGAAGAUAAAGGCAAACAUCGACCCGCAGUAUAUGUGUGUGUAUCACUGCAAUUUAUCCUAUAAUUUAACUGCAGCCGACGAUGACUAAUGAAUAAUAAUGAAGCGUUAUGACGGGGGCGCACAUUUCUGUGCAUGUGUGUGAGAACAGACACAAUUAAUCAUUCCGUUUCGUCUUUCUUCAGAAGGCGAUGAACACAUCCCGACUGAGGGGAAGUCACAGAGGCCAUCAGUUCGUGCGCUGUGUCGUCACACCGACAGAGAAGGACUUAUUUUAAAGGGAGGGCGACAUUUAGAACAAUAGGAACGCGAAAGAGUUGAAGAAUAAAGUGUUUAUGCGAAUCUACUGCGGGAGUCAAAGGGUUGUGGACGUUCACACUAUUUACAGGAAGUGUUUAAUUCUGUUGCAGCUGCUGUUUCUGUUCCUGUUUUUUGAAAAUUUACUGUACAAACAUUAUAUUUGUUGACCUUUUUGACUUCAUAAACUGUUUUCCCAAAGAAGCUUCAGGACCAUCAGCCUCUUAGAUUAGAUGAAUAAUCAUAAUCACACAUAAUAAUGUGUGUUUGGACCUGCGACCUGUGUUCAGUGUUUGCAAAAGGAAGCUCACACUUCUCCUUUGGCUCAGGUACCCGCUCCUGCGCUUCCUCCAUUCUCACCUGGGCUCCGGUUAGAACGCGGGACUCGUCAACGGAGACCAUGCUGCUCACCUUCAGCCUCUUGCUCUUUAUGUGGAGCGACACAGGUAAGAGCACGACACCAACGACAACCCAGCCUUCGAGAGCGGCUAUUGCCUUCACCGAACCAGUAAGCCCGUCCUGCGUACUGGUGGCCACACCAGACUACCCAGUGGCGGCCGGGCAGACGGUCCACCUGCGGUGCAGCUCGGAGCCGCCCUCCUCCUCCUCCUCCUCCUUCAUCUGGCAGCGCCUGCAGAACCAGACCUGGGCCUCCGUGGGCUACGGCGCCGCGCUGACCCUGACGGCGGCGGAGCAGAGCGGGCUGUACCGCUGCUGCGCUGGGAACCGGACCCAGAGUCAGAACCACACGGUCUUCAUCGUGGCCGCCCCGCCCGCAGCGGACGGAUACGUGGGAGUGGCCGCCCUCGUCCUCUCCCUCAUCGCCCUCGGCGUCAGCGGAGCCGCCGUCUUCUGGAUGGGGACGCAAAAAUGUGACGUUGCUCUGCCCAAAGCCGACGCAACUAAAGAUUUCCCUUUGCCUAAAACUGCACCCAAGGUGACGGUGACGGAGCCCGGCGACGACGGGGACGUGUACAUGAACUACUCCAACAGCAGCCACGCCUACACCGACCUGGACCCCGCCAAGAUGGCGGUUUCUAGCGUUUACUCAACGCUGUCCUGAAGCCCUGAGGCAACGCAGAGAAAAAGAG